AUGGCCGAAGAAUCGGCGAUUCGAGCAUUCCGUCUCGGUUCGCAGAACAAGGCUAACCCAACGUCGACCGAGCCGAAAAAGGCCCAUAUUCCGGCAUGGCUUGGAGCAUCGCCGUUGGGACGCGCACCGAGCACGCCAGAAUAUGACAUUCAACUGGCGGCGCUCGAGCUGGCGGCGGCUCGUUCGCAAUUGCCGCUGGACAGCGAACGACCCCGUAAUUAUUUGCCGCGAAUGCCGUUCCCAGUGCCAUCAUAUUACGUUCAGACUGCCCCUGCUAAUGCUGAUUCGCUGGAAUAUUACCUUCGGUUGUCUCCCGAUACACUUUUCUUCAUUUUCUACUAUAUGGAAGGAACGAAAGCGCAAUUGCUGGCUGCGAAGGCACUUAAAAAGCUGUCGUGGAGAUUCCACACAAAAUAUUUGACAUGGUUCCAGCGGCACGAGGAGCCAAAACAAAUUACGGAUGACUUUGAGCAGGGAACAUACGUGUAUUUUGAUUUCGAAAAAUGGUCUCAGCGCAAAAAAGAGUCAUUCACAUUCGAGUACAAGUUUCUGGAAGACAAGGAAUUUGAAUAG